AAAAAAACUUGUAAGAAUUCACAAAUUAAAAUCAUUCAUCAUCUCUCUUAAUGGCUCAGUACCAUCAACAACAUGAAAUGAAGCAGACAAUGACAGAGACACCGUAUGUGACGGCGCCGCCACAGAUGGGUUACCCGGUGAUGAUGAAGGACUCUCCUCAAACUGUGCAGACGCAGCAGAGUAAAGGCAGUGUUGGAUUUUUACGUGGAUGGUACCAUAUCAUAUAUAUAUAUUUGGUGGGAUUGUUCAUUCUUUUCUUUGGUAUUAUUGAUUUUUUUGGGUAUAUCUUUGCAGUUUGGCUGCAAUGUGCUGCUGCUGCGUUUUGGAUUGUGUCUUCUAGGGAAUCCUCCCACUACACACACACACACAGCUUCUACGGAUCUUUGUAUGCAUUGAUUAUGUUUUCUUUGUACCUUGUUUUGAGUGUUGUUGAUAUUUCUUAUUUUUGUUGCGAGGCUCUCUUACUUUUUUGGUUGUUGUAUUGUAAUUACAUUAUUAUUCUUUUGUACAGAAUAAAAAGUUAGUUUUCUGAGUA